UGCCCUACAGCUACAAAACCACGUGAGUAGAAAUGAUUUUUAACUUUUCUCUGGCCAAUGGCAGAUAAAGGUGGUAAUGGAGCAGUGAGUAUAAAUGAUCAACUUUUCCGUGGUCAAUGGCAGAGAAAUUUGGUAGUGGAGAGCAGGGUCGACGUAAGGGCAAUAAUGCACUAACACAAACAGCAAACACAAAGACGGCACUCUGAUUCUCAUGAACUCUGUCUUUGGGUCUCUCUGUUCCUCCUUCCCCCUUCUAACCAAAUUACAGAGGAGCCAUGAAAGCACUUCCAACUUCAACCUCUGCUCCAUCCCUUACCAUCCGAACUUCAACCUUCCAUGCCCCUUUCUCCACACCCCAUUAUUCGCCGACCCAACAACCCAUUCUUAGAACCACAUUACCUAAAAACUCCAAGCUCCUUCUUUCUCUCCACGCCAUACCCCCAUUGCACAACAGUACUUCCUCUGUUUCAGCGGAAUCGCCACCUGAUCAAGCUGCUGAUGUCUCCGGAGGGGGAGUGGAGAAGUUCGAUUGGUACGCGCAGUGGUACCCGGUGGCGCCGGUGUGCGAUUUGGACAAAGGGGCGCCGCGUGGGUUGAAAGUGAUGGGGAUGGAUGUGGUGGUGUGGUGGGACGGGAACGAGAAUGCAUGGAAAGUGUUCGACGAUAUGUGUCCUCACAGGCUGGCUCCCCUGUCUGAAGGAAGGAUUGAUCGAUGGGGGAGACUGCAAUGCUCUUAUCAUGGCUGGUGUUUUGAUGGCUCCGGCAGCUGCCAGCUCAUCCCUCAAGCUCCUCUCGACGGCCCUCCGGCUCACACCAGCAAAAGGGCUUGUGUUGCUACUUAUCCAACCGUAGUGCAUCAUGGCAUUGUGUGGUUCUGGCCGAACUCUGAUCCUGAACACAGACACGUCUUUGACAAGAAAAAUCCUCCCUUGGUUCCGGAGUUAGACGAUCCAUCAUUCACUACGACAAUGGGGAGCCGAGAUAUUCGAUAUGGGUAUGAUUCACUGGUUGAGAACCUUGUGGAUCCUGCUCAUCUUCCGUAUGCACAUUAUGGUCUCACACCAACAAUGCCAAACAAGGAAAAGCGAGAUGAAGAAGGGGGGAGACCCAUGGAAUUCAUGGUGAACAAACUAGGUAUAGAUGGAUUUGAAGGAAGCGUGGAAUCUUUCGGCGAGUUUCGAUUCAUUGCACCAUGCCUCUUCUUUCUCCCAACUAUAGCUGAUGAACCCUCGGCGAAUCUAGGUAACGGUUUUGUUGUGCCAUCAUCUGCUGAAACCCUAAAGCCAUCAACAGGGCGUCGAAUGGCAUUAGUUGUCCUGUGUGUUCCUGUUAGUCCUGGCACUAGCAGAUUAAUCUGGGCCUUCCCUAGGAACUUCGAUAUUUGGGUGGAUAAAGUUGUACCUAGAUGGAUACUUCACAUGGGGACAAACCUUAUCCUCGACUCAGAUUUGUGCAUUCUUCAUGCUCAGUUGCCUGUGAUCUUGACUGGAGUGGGAAGUAUGUUGUUGAUCUCCCUCCAAUUCCUCUAUCAAGAGAACAGCUUAUGGACAGGUACUGGACUCAUGUAGUGAACUGCCCCAGCUGCAACCGCGCAUACAAGAUUCUGAAUGUGCUCGAAACCGUUCUCCAGGUCCUGGCUUUCGGACUGAUGGGCAUUGCUGUUGCAACAAAGCAGGGUAUGGUGUCAACAAAUACGAGAGCUGGAUUGGUUAUAUUAGCUACCCUGUCCUUUGCAGCUUCAAGAUGGUUGGCUCAUUUUGUCUAUAGGAACUUCCAUUACCAUGACUACAAUCAAUCGUUACGAGAGAACGAGAUGAUUGUAAUUCUGCUAAGGCGCUUAGGCCUUCAGGUGUAGCUAGCAUGAGUUGUCUAUUGUUGAUAAAGAGUUGCUAUAACAAAACUGUCUGUAAGCUAAUGGACUUUCCUGGCUACCGUAAUGAACUGGUCGCAGUAAG